AUGUCCGAUCGCUCCAGAUAUUAUAUUCUGGGGGCUUUCCUGCUGGGGAUCGUCCUCACUACUGCAUACAAUAAGAAGAGGCCGAUCGAGGAAUUCGAUGACGAAAGUAAAGACCAACUUUUGGCACGCCAGCAAAAGUGGUUGUCGCAGCUCGCAAAGAUCAACGACCUAGAGACGUUGAAGAAAACUUUACUGGAGUUCAGCGGAGACGAAGCCGCAGAUGACGUUAAAGAAGGUAUCGAAGGAUGCAUAGGCAACACACCUCUCAUCAAAAUUAAAUCACUUUCUGAGUUCACUGGUUGCGACAUCUUCGCAAAAGCUGAGUUCCUCAAUGGAGCUGGCAACAGUCCAAAAGAUAGAGUUGCUCUCAGCAUCAUCGAAAUGGCCGAAGAGAAGGGACUUCUCAUCCCACAUUCUGGUGACACUAUCUACGAAGGCACCGUAGGUAGUACUGGCAUAUCACUAGCCGCAAUCUGCAGAGCACGCGGCUACAAAGCACACAUCGGAAGCUGCAUGCCAAACGACAUGGCAAUCGAAAAGUCAGAUCUUCUCCUAAAGCUCGGUGCAGAGGUAGAAAGAGUGCGACCAGCGCCCAUUGUAGAUCAGAAGCAAUUCGUCAACCUCGCACGAGCGCGAGCAGAGGAGCAUACUGCUAGUCCUGACAAGCCUGGUAGAGGACUGUUCGCUGAUCAAUUCGAAACAGAAGCCAACUGGCGUGCACACUUCACUGGAACUGGACCGGAGAUUUAUGAGCAAACCGCCCGUCAUGUGGAUGCUUUUGUUAGUGGUGCUGGUACUGGAGGGACUAUCUCUGGGGUUGCCUUGUUUCUAAAGUCCAAGCUACCCAACCUCAAGGUCGUCUUAGCAGAUCCUCCUGGUAGUGGCUUGUACAACCGUGUCAAGUAUGGCGUUAUGUUCGAUCCCAAGGAGAGAGAAGGAACCCGGCGGCGACACCAGGUGGAUACCAUCGUUGAAGGGAUCGGUAUCAACAGAGUGACACAUAACUUUGAUGUCGGCCGGGAGCUGAUCGACGACGCUAUCAGAGUGAAUGACGAUCAAGCGGUUUCCAUGGCGCGCUGGUUGGUCGAAAAUGACGGCAUAUUCGUUGGAAGCUCUAGUGCUGUGAACUGCGUCGCUGCCACGAAACUUGCAAAGACGCUUGGUCCUGGGCAUCGCAUCGUCACGAUUCUGUGCGACAGUGGCGCAAGACAUUUGAGCAAGUUCUGGAAAAACCAUGAAAGAUUGGCCAACGCAUCACAAAGUCAGCCAACACGCCACCACUUUGUCAAGAAGGAUGAUCAAGCCUCGCCAACCUCACAGACUACCGCCAUUAAUACUAUGGAAUGCUCGACAUUCAAACCUCACCAGUCAGCAAGCAUUCUUAAUCAACCGAGGCAUUUUCUACCAAACAGUCAUAUGCCUAGCCAACGUAUGAGCGUCACAAACGGGAUCGAUAAAGCAAAUAGAACAAAUUUGAGCAUUUUACAAAGGCGUGCAGCGAGGAAGAUGCGACUAUCGGGUCGCAAUCCGGCUCUUGUCCACAAGAUUUUUGAAAUGCGCCUCACCAUCGCUCCUAUAGUACACGUCGAGACAGGGAAGCCAGCACCUGAUUUUCCAUCCACGAUGCUCCACCUUUUCCUCUUAACAGAAGCCCAACUUGAUGCGCUGGCGAGUUACUACUCUCAAACACAUCCCACCGACCUUACACAUCAAUACCCACAGACAAUGAACUGGCAACAGCCUUUCUUGGAUACUAGCGAGACGUUGCCGGAGAACUGCAAAUUAGCUGACCUGGAGCGAUUAAAGAUUAAGAUGAGGAUGUUUGCAAGGUUUAUUGACACUUCAAGAGUACUCUCAACAACCAACCCUUCGAAACAAACUCUCAUCAUGAAGUUCAACAUCGGUACCCUUUUCGCUGCGAUUUUCGCUGUUCUGGCAUUUGCCUCACACGCAUCAGCAGCAAAUGCCUUCAGGGACACCGAAGAGAAUGUCUACGAGAAUACACAUCCGUGGCCAAACGUCAGAUCAUCGCAGGCUUUGGCCGCCAAAGUCUCAAGGAGCGAAUCCAAACCCGUAUAUCCAGCCCAUCAGCUCUACGGCAAGUGCAUCGAGUAUUGCUAUGAGACGGCUCGCUACACGGUGCUUCGGGAGGGAAACUGGUCAGGGGAAAAAUGUCCGGUGGCGUGCCAGGAGGAACCGAAUUAUCUCGAACGCUCCACCGAAGCAUGGCAGACGCUCUUCGCAUUGGAGGCGCAGGACUGUGAGAGGGCGGCAUCAAACUUCGUGGCGGUCCAUCCUCGUGGUGCGGUGUCUCUGCCAAACCACCUGAAGAACCUAGGGUGUGCUUAG